UGUAGAUCUGUAGCAGGGAUAUUUCAUCGAGUGCGGGCUGAAAUAUUGCCUAAGAAGCGUGAAGUAAUCAGCUAGUAUUGAUCCUCUUCCGAACCAUACAUUAUUCAUUUACUUUCCUCUUCCGCCACGCGCGAGAGUGGAUUUCGACGCCGCACGCGCCGGAUUUCCCCUUCUUUACAACUUCACUUACUGGCUUUGUCUUUGCAUCAACACAGUCGCUGGGGUAAAAGUACUGCCUCAAAUACACCUAAUACUUCGUGUCAUUCUCGUCAGGUGUAUUCCGGCAUCGUUCAGAGCAUUACUUGCACAACUAUCUCUGACGCGACAGUCGCGAUGCCGCCCAAGGACAAAGCUGCCGCGGAAGCAUCAUCUUCCCAAGAGAUCACGGGCCAGAGCGCACUUCCCAUCUCGCGGAUCAAGAAGAUUAUUCAAUUAGAUGACGAUAUCGUACAAUGUUCGAGCAACGCUACGUUUGUGAUCGCAAUGGCUACGGAACUGUUCAUCCAAUACCUUACCGAACAAGGACACAACGUCGUUAAAUCAGAACGGAAGCCGCGCAAGCUUAUCCAAUACAAAGACCUGGCUACGGCCGUAUCACACAUCGAUAAUCUCGAAUUCCUCUCUGACGUGAUUCCCAAAACCACAACCUAUAAGCAGUUCAAGGAGAAACGGGCAAAGGAGAAGGAACCCGGACCCGAGAAGGGACAGCGCACAUUAAACGGCAAUAUACCUGCAGCGGUCGAAGAGAAAGAGGAAGUCGAGGAACAACAGAGUCUACAGCCAGUAGAGGACAAGCCUUCGAGGGGUUCUCGACCGCCAACGGUGACAAUGAUGGUGGAUCGAACGGUUGAUGCAUCUGCUGGAGAUCAGGAUGUCGAGAUGACGGACCAGUGACGGAUUCCGACGAUUAUGAGUUCUGGAAUUAUAUAUAUAUGUGUGUAUCUUUGCAUGGUGGAGUUAUUUGGGAGGGUAUUAUUUUGCUUGGGUUUUGACCUGUGGGUUAGUCAAUUAAAAACAUGCUGUUAACUAGUUGAUUUCGCAUUGGCAUAUUCGGAUACUAUUGGGGCAGCGGAAUGGAACGGACGACGGGAUGAGCGGGAGGAAGGGAGUGAACGACGAAUGGCGUAAUGCGGGUAUAUAGUUGUUAGCAAAACAAAACAAAAAGGAAUAAAUGAAUGAUCAUGAAGACAC